CGGGGCUGGGGAGAUAUUCAUUGCAUAUAUUCAACUUGAAAACGAUUUUUCUCAUUCUGUCUUAAUUUCAUUCACCACAGAGCGUCUCUCGGUGUCUUUUCAUUUGGAGGCUUUUCUUUCGAUGGCAAAAAGCUCGUUUAAGUUGGAGCAUCCCCUGGAAAGAAGGCAGGUUGAAUCUGCUAGGAUCCGAGAGAAGUAUCCUGACAGAAUUCCGGUGAUCGUGGAAAGGGCUGAAAAGAGUGAUGUUCCAGAAAUUGAUAAAAAAAAAUAUUUAGUCCCUGCUGAUUUAACUGUGGGUCAGUUCGUGUACGUGGUCCGAAAGAGGAUCAAGCUCAGCCCUGAGAAGGCCAUCUUCAUUUUUGUGAAGAAUAUUUUGCCCCCUACCGCUGCUAUGAUGUCUGCAAUUUAUGAGGAAAACAAAGAUGAAGAUGGUUUCCUUUAUAUGACCUACAGCGGGGAAAACACGUUUGGGGCGUGCUGAAACACAGACUCGAAACGUCUACAUGAAAUGGGAAGGAGAAAGGAUCAUAUUUGCUCUUCUUGUUUAUUCNCCUCACCCCCAUGUGUUAUCCCUUCAAAUGCAAAGCUUUUCUGUAUAGUUUUAUUUUAACUAACUAAAACCAUCCUAUUUGCGGUAUUCAAAAGUCAUGUUGUAAAUAAUGGGAAUUCAUAGCAAUUUGUGAUAUGAUGUCUAAACUGUGA